AUGCCAAUCAAACUCGAAAUCCCAGUCUUCUCGUCCUCCUCGGCCCUGCACGCCCAGACACUCGGCGCGCAGCGCAUCGAGCUCAACGCGCAGGGGAGCUACGGCGUCGGCGGCACGACGCCGGCGCCGGCGGACCUCGAGGGCGUGACGAAGUGGCUCACGGUGCCCGUGCGGAUCAUGAUCCGGCCGCGCGGCAAGCCCGCCGACGACGUGGACUUUGUCUACACCGACGACGAGUUCGCGACCAUGGUGGGCGGUGUCGAGGGCUUCCGCGGGGCGCUGAGGGCGGAGCGGGGCGACGGGUUCGUGUUCGGGGGACGGGGGGCGUUGACGGUGGACGUCGAGAGGAACCGGAGGCUCGUCGAGGCCGCGGGCGGGCUGGCGUGUUCCUUCCACCGGGCCUUUGACGAAAUCGUCCGCUCCGGGGAGGCGCGGGACGUCGAGAGAGGGGUGAGGGAUUUGGUGGCCUGCGGGUUCGAAGGGGUUCUCACCUCGGGCGGGCCCGGGACGGCCGCCGCGAACCGGAAGGCGCUGGAGCUGAUUGUGCGCGAGGCGCGUGCGGGCGCGAGGAAGCUGGAGGUGAUUGUCGGCGGCGGCGUAAGGAAGGAGAAUGUCGGGGAGGUGGUUGACGGGUUCGGGGACGGGGUGUGGGCGCAUUCGAGCUGCUACACGGGCAAGUGCGAGGAGGGACAGGUUGAUGACGAGGAGGCCAUGGGGAUUUUGGAGAGACUUUCCGAGCGGUAG